CAGAUAUAGUGAAUGCGGGGUCCGGGGAGACCAGAUAUAGUGAAUGCGGGGUCCGGGGAGACCGGAUAUAGUGAAAUGCGGGGUCCGGGGAGACCGGAUAUAGUGAAUGCGGGGUCCGGGGAGACCGGAUAUAGUGAAUGCGGGGUCCGGGGAGACCGGAUAUAGUGAAUGCGGGGUCCGGGGAGACCGGAUAUAGUGAAUGCGGGGUCCGGGGAGACCGGAUAUAGCGAAUGCGGGUGAGAGACCGGAUAUAGUGAAUGCGGGGUCCGGGGAGACCGGAUAUAGUGAAUGCGGGGUCCGGGGAGAUAUAGUGAAUGCAGGGUCCAGGG